AUAGUUCCAAAUGGUCUCACCCUUUUGACGACUCCACCCAGGUGUCUCCGCCGGCUCCACCUCCAUCAACCUCCGACGAAGGCCACCGAAUUCGAGUCACUUCCAUUCUCUCACCUUUGUGUUCUCCACAUUCUCACUGUGGUUUCCGACGCCGGAUCGUUCGAUUCGGAUAAUGGGGCGGAAAGCUGGCGGGCUUUAUAUCAACCCUAAGAGGUUUGGUCAACUUCAUAAACCUUGCAUGAAGGAAAUGACAAUGUUUCUCAACUGUAUGGCUACAUGCAAUAGUGACAUUAAUGCAUGUGCUCAGCAGAAGGAACUAUUAAAUGCCUGUAUCGAUUCUCAGAGUAAAAAGAAAAGAAACUCUUGGGGGAGCAUCAAUUAUCAGCUGCAGAGGCUUAGCCGAGGAAGGAAGUAGUUUGAGAUUUUCAUAAAUGAAAGUUUUUACAAUUCAAGAUUGUUAUUUGGAAAGCUUAGCCUGUUAUGUUACCACUUUGGUUGUCAGGCUAAAAUGUCCAGAUAGUAACUUGUAUUCUUGCUUGAAAUAUCUUGAUGAUUAAUAUUGAGGUUUUCUUUAUCUUAACCAUUUAACAACGUUGAUAGAUUUGGUGGAAUUAUGUUGAAGAAUACCAAUGUAAUUUCUUUUCUGUAUUAAUUAAGGCUUUAAUAUGCUACAUAUUUGAGCACACUUGUGA